AUGCCAUUGCACGCAGUUCAACCCACCAGCCACGAUUACUUUUCCCCACCGUUGACACGUCUUAGGCCACAGCGUCUCACGACUGAAGAGAUCGACGCGUUGGACGUCGAGGAGGAUAGCAGCCUGAUCAGUAAUCCAGAACAGAGAGAAGUUGUCGCGGCGAUUGUGACAGCGCCGGGGGGAAGUGUCCCUUUCAUGAUCUUCGGCCCUCCUGGGACUGGAAAGACAGUGACUGUCGUCAAGGCCGCGCUCCAGGUCCUCAAGAGCAACCCAGACGCUAGGUUGCUCAUGUGUGCGCCGACUAACGAAGCGGCCGACCUGCUCGCCUUCAAAAUGGCAGAACUGGGGCCUACGCAGCUGCUCAGACUCAACGCCGUGAAACGCCCCGUAGAAUCAGAGUCGACCCUCCAAGCAGCACUCAAACAGUUCAGCAUCUUUGGCGCAGACGGGGCGUACACCAUCCCUGAUGCGGUGCACCUGCAAUCGCGUAGAGUCGUCGUUACGACUUGCGUGUCCGCGGCCAUGCCGUAUUGUCUAGGCGUCGAACCUGGCUGGUUUACUCACAUCUUCAUUGACGAGGCGGGCCAAUGUGUAGAGCCCGAAGCGAUGAUCCCAGUCAAGCUCCUUGCCGGCGAGAACACAAACGUUGUCCUCGCGGGCGACGUGAAGCAGCUCGGUCCGGUCAUUCACUCGGAUUACUCUCGUGAUCUUGGCCUCAAACAGAGCUACAUGGAGCGUUUGUCGAACAUGCCUGUUUAUGACUGGAAACUUAUCGAGGAAAUCGUCAAGCUGGUCAAACAUUUCAGAUCACACCCUGCGAUCAUCUCGUUCUCAAACAAGAAGUUCUACGGCGACGAACUGGAACCGUGCAGUGACGAAGCAAUAACUCACGGCAUGCUUCAUUCGGUAGUCCUAGACGGUCUCAAUCCCAAGUUCCCCGUCGUAUUUCACGGGAUAUCUGGCCAGGAGAAGCACGAGGAGGAUACACCCUCGUACAUUAACGCGCAAGAGGCAUCGCUCGUAGUAAGAUACUGCAAGGCACUCGUCAAUGAUCCAAGGGCCCGCAUCAGUGCGAAAGAUAUCGGGGUCGUCAGUCCGUACAAUGGACAAUGUCGCAUGAUCCGCACGCUGCUGCAAAGGUCGUCUAGGCAGAUGGAUGGACUGCGCGUCGGCCCGACGGAAGCCUUCCAGGGCCAGGACCGCCGCGUCAUCAUCAUAUCUACUGUACGCAGCAACCGUUUCCUCGCGGAUAUCCGCCAGCGACUAGGUUUCGUGGCGGAUCCACAGAGGCUCAACGUUGCUAUAACGCGAGCGCGAGCACUUCUCAUCGUCAUUGGCGAUCCGGACGUCCUCGCGCUUGAUGAUGUAUGGCGAGAGUUCAUGGCAUACGUCAAAGCCAAUGGUGGAUGGAGAGGCAAAGGUGUCUCAGAGGCGCAUAUAUAUGGUCCCAAUGCAGAAGACACCACUACAGCUGCUGUGCGACGAAUAGACGAACAAAUAAACGAGGUCUGA